UGCACCGCGCGCCUUUAUUCAGUCUGUCGCGAGAUUUCGACGGAAUUGUUUGUAUAGUCACUCCACCGUAGAAUUCAUGGGGCUUGCUAACCUUACGAGCAGUAGAAUGCCCAGCAGUCGAACAGUUUUAUCUUACAAGAGCCGAAUGAAAGUUCAAAUUUCGCGCGUUGUCUACAGGGAACUCUGCCGUGUAUUUGUCUGCAGUUUUUGCGAAACCGCGGCCGCUUGAGUAUCUCACCGCGUGGUGUGCUGAAAUUUUGAGUUUUAUUAAAAAACGGUGAUUUUACCGAAGGAAAAAAUGGAAAAUGCAACAAUUAGUUUAUUAACCCACCCGACUGUGCUGACGGCGGUAUUUGUGGGUGCCGGAGUGCUGAUUUUAGUGUACAUUAUAAAAUUAAUCCGCAAAGAUGAGGAUGUAGUUGUACAAAAAACGAAAAAUGAGAUACCGUCACAUUCCGAGAAAAGAAAGGAUGCCACUCAUAGCGGGAAAGCAAAAAAAAAGGUAGCUGAUAACAGGUGGACUGCGAGGAACGAAAAACAGGCCUUCAGCCACCCUUGGCUUCUGACAACACUGAAGGGACAUACUGGCUCAAUCUUGGAUAUGGAUUUUAGCAGCAAUGGCAAAUAUUUGACUUCAUGCGGUGACGAAGAUCCAGACCCCGGCGGUUUAGCCAGCGGCGAAAGCUCCAGUUCAAGUUCAGAGUGCAAUAAAGAAAGUAGCCGAUCUCCUUCAGUGGAACCCAGCCCGAGAACAAAGAAGGGCCUGUCGCGUAGGCAGAGGAAAAAUCGUCGCAGGGAACCAUCCUCGACAGAAAAACAGAAGAAGACUAGAGCCAAGAAGCUCUCCUCCUCGGAGCCCGACAUCAAGAAAUGCAUGAUGGAAGUGAGGCCGCUGAAACAGUUCUCCAAAUUCCCGGGAGCCUGCGAUAUCUUCGAGAAGUUGCUGCGCACAUACAUGCUCACCCCCGACCAGUUGUUGCUUUAUGGCUAUCCGGUGGAGACGGUGUACUGCUACGGGUCCGUAAUGAUUUACAAGAGCCCUAGGGCACCCACCCACACCCUAAACUACAAGAAAACCAAGUUUGACGUCAAUGCCAGGGAGUUCGUCCCCAAAUACGAAUCCAACGACAGCGGGCAGGGUUCCAGCAGUUCUAGCGACUCCGGAGACAGCUUAGACUCUGAAGAAUUGGUUAGCGUGUCUGAUCACGAGAUCUCCCCCCAUCACCAACUGCACAAGUCCAGCACAUGGCCUAUGGCGCAUAGCAUGCAGUACGAACGCACUUGUGUAAGGUGCGGCGACAUCUUCUACACCACCGCCAACAAGUACAUCACCCGUGAAAAGUGCACUUACCACUGGGGAAGGCUCAGAGGCGUCUACAGUCCCGGCGAUAAGAAUCACGGGCAGAAAGAAUACAACUGCUGCCGAGGCAAAGAGGGAUCUCCGGGUUGUACCAGGGGUCGCGUCCACGUGUGGAACGGCAUCAUAAGUGGUGCCAAUGGACCGUUCGAGGAUUAUGUGCGUACGCAGCCAGGCAAAUGCCACUCGUUAGACGGCACCUACGGAGUUUUUGCGGUAGACUGUGAGAUGUGUUACACGGUGCGCGGUCUCGAGUGCACCAAAGUAUCGGUGGUGGACGUAGAGGGGCGCGCCAUAUACGAUGCCUUCGUGAAGCCCGAGAAUGAAAUUGUGGACUACAACACUCGCUUUUCGGGAAUUACCGCUAGCCAUCUAUCGAAACAGGCCAAGCCCCUGCGGCAGGUGCAGAGCGAGUUGCUGCAGAUCAUCAAUGAGAAUACAGUGCUCAUCGGACACGGGCUGGAAAACGACCUGCGGGCGCUCAAGAUAGUGCACUGCAACGUGGUGGACACUGCCCACUCGUUUCCGCACCUGAAGGGGCUGCCUUAUAAACGCUCGCUCAAGAACCUGGCGGCCACCGUACUGGAUCGGGAGAUCCAGUGCGAGGACACUGGCCACGAUAGCUACGAGGACGCCUGCACGUGCAUGGAACUGAUGCUGUGGCGGGUGCGCAAGGACUUCCGGGACUAUUUGGAGUCUCGCAUCACAAUCAAGAUUCACCUGUGAGUCUCGUCUCGUGUCGUUCAUCGCAUCCCGCUUAUAAUUUAUUGAAACGCCUUCAUCUCUCCAUCCCCCCAUCCAUGACGUGACGUGCAGUGUGUGUGAAUGUGUGUGAUAUUAUAAGGAGAACUGUUGUUAAAAUAGAUCCCAGCAUGUUCCUUGUACAACUCUCUUAUUUUAGUGAUUUUUAAACUUGAAUCUCGUUUUUUUAAUUCUUAGGUUAAGAAUUACGAGUGAUUCUCAUGAGAUUUUAUGUGAUAGGUCACAGGAAAGUGGAUUUUAAUGGUCCCGCGAUACAAAUGUUUUUUUUGUAAUUGGAAAAAUUAUGCCACGUCACGUUUUCAAUGUGCACGUUGAAUUCGCACCUCGAUAUUAAAAGAACUGUGGAUAUCCUUAACGAUUUUUUUAUGUAGUUCUAUGUAAUUGUGUGUAAUUUUAACUGGUGACGAUUUAACUUUGGCAGUUUGCGAGAUUUAAACAAAUAAUCACGAUUUUGGAGUCUGAGACUCGCACGAACAUAUCACUGAAUUCAGUAUUCAAAAAAAAACGACAAUAACUGUUCUCCCAAACAAAAGUGCUACUCGACUCUUAAAAAGCAUUACCUCUUGUUAAAUUCUUGUUUUACUUGGUGUUUUUCUCAUCACAGGGUGGCCCAAAAAAAAGGAAUAUUUUUUUUUCGUGUCUUGUGAAAAUAUGUUAACAUAUCAUGUUUUAAGAGCCCC